AUGACCUUUCUUAUUCGUCUCGACCAGUGCGCCGAGAUAUUUCAAGUAUUUUUUAAUUCGAACAAAAAAACUGAUACUAAUUCACUGUGUGUGUGUCAGGAUGUGACGAAGGGAUUUGUUCAGUUGUUGAGCAAAGGUGAAGAAGAGGAGGAAGAAGUAGAGGAGGACAAUGUUGACGAAGAAGAGGUGGAGGAGGAGGAAGAGGAUAAUGACACGUUGGCUGAGACGGAGGCACCGUCCACGAGUUUGGACGACCCGACAGAGAAGUCGACAGAGACGAGUCAGAGUGCUAAACUUGAAGAGCUGAAAGAAGAGUCUGUACCUGACGGAGAGCAGAGAGGUGACGGAGCUGCUGAAAUCACCGAGCACCUCGACACCACGGGUGAAGACAAGACAGGUGAUGGCAUCAAAGCAGCCAAUGGGACGGCAGACAGCAACGCCAGAAGCCAAUCAGGCUCCAACAAAAAGCUCUCCCUCUUCAGACGGCUGUCCUCCUCCAGGUUGAAGCAGACCAACGACAGGGACCUAACCCCAACAGAGGGUGCCAUCCUUGGGGAUGCAGUCGUCCGGGGAGAGCCUCCCUCCUCCACCACCGCCGCUGCUGCCGGGAGCAGCCAGCCCGAGACAAACAGAGGCAGAGCACAGCACAGAUCAGAUCUGGCCUCUGGAGCCCGGGGCCCUCGCUCUGGAGCCUGCACCGUGCUGUGAUCACAACCCUCAGGUGGCCUCGUGUGAUCCUUAAGAGUCAGACCAAAGUGUGAAAGGUUCAUUAGCAGAGAGGCGGAGUUAAAGCGGCCCUGUGGAGUUUACGUUCAGUGUUACUUAGCAACAGGGGGACAGUUUGGAUCUUUUGAGGUGGGGUUGUUUGAGGCAGUGUUAGUUUUGUUGACGAAAACUGUGACGAAGUUUUCGUCAACGACCUUUUUUCCAUGACGAAAACAAGACAAUGACGAGCUAAACAUAGACCUUGAUUCUCAAAACUAAGACGAAAUCUAUGUUUCACUUUCGUUGACGAGACGUGACAAAAAUGUCCGUAAUGGACUAUCGGACACUGAAAGCCGAGAAUAGCUUGUAAUUAUCUUCAAACGCCACGUGAGCGUCACGGUGGUAUACUUCGGAAAACAGUCGACACCAGGAUUACUCGAUUACUUUACAUCAUGAAUUUUUUUCAACUAAAAUGUUUUGAAUUUUUGUUGACUUGUAAGUUUUAAAUUUUCAUAGACUAAUUUUUUUUUUAUUUAAUUAAAUAAAAUGUAAUGAAUUUUCGUUAGCUAAA